AUGAGCGCCUCCUCUGCGAACUCAAAGUUGAAGUUGAAACAGGCUAGGAAGCUGGCAUCCAGAAAGUCUAAAGAACCGCAAGUGACUACAUCGUCAUUCAAUUUGGAUGACCAUGGUGCUGUCAUGGCCGACGAUGAAGAUGAUGAAGAUGAGGACAAUGACAUGCAUCAACAGGCGACUGUCAUGAACUGA